ACCGAACUCGCAGUCGCAACAGGUCAGCCCUCACCGCCCCCCCGGUCGUCCCAGGCAUGGCCCCAGCGAGAGCGCUGCCCGCCCCUCUGGUUGUCCAUGGCCGCCGCCGCCAGCUACGUCGUCGGAGAAAGUACUGCAAGUUGUGCUAUCUGAAGGGCAGUUCCAUGGUCCCCACUAUCCAAGCCCAGGGCGACGUCGGGCUGCUGGACCGCCGCUGCCUCGCCGGCUACGACUUCUCCCGCGGCGACGUCGUUGUUUUCAGGUUGUCGACGGAUCAUGGGAUGAAGAUGGUCCAGAGGAUGAUCGCGCUGCCAGGGGAUUGGAUCCAGAUCCCGGAGAAGCGGGACAUCCGGCAGGUCCCCAGCGGCCACUGUUGGGUGGAAGGGGACAAUGCCGGCAACAGCUGGGACUCGAGACACUAUGGCCCCGUAAGGGCAUUCUCCCUAACAAUCAUUCUUAGCAGAUUUUCGUCAAUCUGUUCAGUUUCUUUCUUAAACAAGAACUGGUAACUUUCACAGUUUAAUUAUCAGCACAACAGGUAAUAAUGUUAUUAGGAAAGACAAAAUGUGGUACUAAUCAAAUAUGUUUGUAGCCAUCUGUACGUAGGUUCGGUAUAUACGUUCUAACUUUGCAAGCUUCAGGUUCCUCUGGACCUGAUGGAAGGGAAGAUCACACACAUAAUCUGGCCACCCCAUAGAGUGCGUCGGGUGGACAGGAUGGUGCCGGAAGGCAGGAUUAUGCCUCUGUCAGCGACUCCAAGGAGGAAGCAACAAUAGUCUCAAUCGACGGCGUCGAAGGCGUCAACAAUUGGAAGAACUUGAUGGGAAGACAACUCGAGCGCGAGAACAACAUCUAAUGGCGUGUUUAGUUUGCAGGUUGGACUGCUUCCAGAGUCAUCCGAACCUACGUCCGAGCCUAUAUUAUCAUUUGGUUUGAAUCGCGGAACGAUGUCGUCCGUCACUACGUUGUUCUAAUAAUAUACUAACACGUGGGAUCAGCUCACUCCGCAAGAAAGUGCAAGACCACUUCGUCCGGAGCCAGGCCACGAUGGAUGAGCCAAACCAUCAAACCAAACACGCUGUAAAUGUCAAGUACAGCGGGCCACAAUGAGCUGGGUAACCACGAGUGGGCUGUGCGUUGAGAAAGACGUGUUGUGCAGGCGCUGACCGGUCGUCUAUAGUACUUAAGCAACAAUCAGAACUUUGUAUCGGCAUCGAAGAAUUAAUGAAUAGAACAAAAACGCUAGUUCUCAGCCUUGUCUUC